AUGGCAGCCGAGCUCUCAACCUCCAUAAACGUCAAGGAGCCUCGCUGGGACCAGGGAACCUUCGUGGGCCGUGCAAAACAUUUCUUCACCGUCACAGAUCCACGCAACAUCCUGCUGUCCAAUGAGCAGCUGGAGAGAGCGCAGCGGAUCAUUCUGGACUACAGACAAGGGGUGGUGGCACCGGGUCUGACGGAAGAUGAGCUGUGGAGGGCCAAAUACAUCUUCGACUCUGCCUUCCAUCCGGAUACAGGCGAGAAAAUGCUGGUGAUUGGCCGCAUGUCCGCUCAGGUUCCCAUGAACAUGACCAUCACUGGCUGCAUGAUGACUUUCUACAGAUCCACCCCAGCAGUGCUGUUCUGGCAGUGGAUUAAUCAGUCCUUCAAUGCAAUAGUGAACUACACCAACCGGAGCGGGGAUGCCCCGAUUACAGUCAAUCAGCUUGGUACGGCAUAUGUAUCGGCCACGACGGGAGCAGUGGCCACGGCGUUAGGACUCAACGCACUAGCAAAGCAUGUCUCCCCACUCAUAGGACGUUUUGUACCAUUUGCUGCUGUCGCUGCUGCUAACUGUAUCAACAUUCCACUGAUGAGACAAAGAGAGCUGAAACAUGGUAUUCCAGUAACAGACGAGAAUGGAAAUCGGUUAGGAGAAUCUACAAAAGCUGCUCAACAAGCGAUCUCACAAGUGGUGAUCUCCAGGAUCCUCAUGGCCUCACCUGGAAUGGCUAUUCCACCAUUUUUAAUGAACUCUCUGGAAAAGAAGGCAUUCCUGAAGAGAUUCCCAUGGAUGAGCGCACCUAUUCAGGUCGGCCUGGUGGGAUUUUGUUUGGUCUUUGCUACUCCGUUGUGCUGUGCGCUGUUCCCACAGAAGAGCUCGAUGGCCGUGAGUCGUCUGGAAGCUGAGCUACAGGAGAAGAUUCGCUCAGAUCACCCGGGAGUGGAGAGAGUAUACUUCAACAAAGGACUAUGAGAGGAACUUCAUACCUCCUUACAUUCUGCCAUCACCAUCCCAUUCAUUUAAUCUCAUUGUGUUUUUAUUCCACCUUCAGUGUGCCAAAGUUUUGUUUCCCCAAAUUCUCAUCAACCUUAGAUGUUUUGUAAAAUGGUAUUUUUAGUAAGUGGUGGGUUUUAAUCAGAUGAAGUCUUUUUAAUGGUGCAGGUCUGUACUAGUGUUAGGUAACACUCGUCUUAAAUGGUGCUGAUUAGCUUUGUAUCUCCAGGUAGGAUUGUUUGUGUUUUUCAUUUGUUGAUUACAGUGCAGUCCAUCAGAGAUAAGCGAGUCAGUACUGUAUUUUGAUUUGGACAGUGCUUUAUUCUUAUUUUUUGGGCUAUUUACUUAAGCACACCGGAUCUGAAAUGAAACUUGAAUAUACCUGCUUUAAAUUAUUAGUUGUUACAUCUAUAGUAAUUGAACCAUGCAGGAAUUAAAGCAUUUUUAUAGCAUUUAUAUAGAAGCAUUUAGAUGAAUUAAUAUCAGAAAAAAUUUUUCAAAUAUUUUAAUGAUUUUAAUAAGUCAUAUAUUCACUGAUGAGCCAAAACAUUUGGACCACUUGCUUAAUAUGCUGUCAGACACAGAUUUGACAAGACAUCUGAAGAAGUCCUGUAUGAUCUGGUACCAGGACACUACCAGCAGCUCAUUUACCAGAUGGUUCCAGCUGUCCACAUGAUUCUGAAAGGGAAAAAAAACAGGAUUUGUCAGACCAGUUGACCUUCUACACUGAUCAGCCAUAAUAUUAAAACCACCUCCUUGUUUCUACACUUACUGUACAUUUUAUCAGCUCCACUUACCAUAUAGAAGCACUUUGUAGUUCUACAAUUACUGACUACAAUUAAUUCCCCCACAGGACCACCACAGAGUAGGUAUUAUUUAGGUGGUGGAUGAUUCUCAGCACUGCAGUGACACUGACAUGGUGGUGGUGUGUUAGUGUGUGUUGUGCUGGUAUGAGUGGAUCAGACACAGCAGCGGUGCUUGAGUUUUUAAAUACCGUGUCCACUCACUGUCCACUCUGUUAGACACUCCUACCUAGUUGGUCCAUCUUGUAGAUGUAAAGUCAGAGAUGAUCGCUCAUCUAUUGCUCCUGUUUGAGUUGGUCAUCUUCUAGACCAUCAGUGGUCACAUGGCGCUGCCUAUGGGGCGCUUUUGUCUGGAUAUAUUUUUGGUUGGUGGACUAUUCUCAGUCCAGCAGUGACAGUGAGGUGUUUAAAAACUUCAUCAGCACUGCUGUGUCUUAUCCACUCAUACCAGCACAACACACACUAACACACCACCACCAUGUCAGUGUCACUGCAGUGCUGAGAAUGAUCCACCACCUAAAUAAUACCUGCUCUGUAGUGAUCCUGGGAGAGUCCUGACCAUUGAAGAACAGCAUGAAAGUGGGCUAACAAAGCAUGCAGAGAAACAAUACUAUGAGUAACCACCAUCAGCCAAAUAUGUGAUAUAUCCCUGAUCAUGACAUGCACAAUUGUUAUUAAAUAGAUGAAAUGGUCCUGAUGCUUUGGUGCAUCACUGUAUAGCAUCGGUUUGCAAAUUCUGUGCCAUUGAUGACUGUGCUGUAAUUUUGCUGUCAAACCAAACCAUGUGCCAUAUUCAAUAAGGAACAAAUACCAUCUGUAAUAAUGAUGUACAUUUUGUUGUUUUUGUUGCGUUGUUGUAAUUAUAAAUUGAUGUUAUUAUGUCCA